UUGGAGAACAACGGAUUCCGCGUGAUAACUUAAUCCCACUGAUAAGAGCAAUGACGACCAGUGAACGUGUGGCCAAAGUGGUGCUGGUUGACAUUGAAGGCACCACCACUUCCAUCAGCUUCGUGCACGAUGUCCUGUUUCCCUACGCCAGGGCGAACGUGGAGAGGUUCCUAAGGGAGUCCUGGGUAGGAGAUAAUACCAAGCAGAUUGUCCAGGAUCUGCAGCAAGUGCCUGAGUUUUCGGAAUACAGGGCCUUGUUAAGUGAUGCUCCUGCGGAAGUGGAUGUGGAACUUAUCAGCGGCUUUGUGCGCUAUCUAAUCGACCAAGAUCUGAAGGUUACGCCGAUGAAAACGCUUCAGGGACUAAUUUGGGCAGAGGGUUAUGCCAGUGGAGAGCUCAAGGGCCAUGUGUAUGAAGAUGUCCCCGGGGCAUUUCAGGCUUGGCGUGAUGCUGGUCUCCAGAUUGCAGUCUACUCCAGCGGCAGCGUGGCUGCCCAGAAGCUGAUCUUCGGGUACAGUACAGCUGGAAACCUGCAGCCUCAUCUCAGUGCUCAUUUUGACACCCAUGUGGGUCACAAGCAGGAGAAGCAAUCUUACGAUACUAUUGCCAAGUUAUUGAAAGAGGAUCCGCACCAGAUACUCUUUCUCACCGAUAUUCCAGGGGAAGCGGCUGCGGCUCGGUCUGCUGGAUUGCAAGCCAUUAUCCUUCAGCGUCCUGGAAACGCCGCCCUGACAGAUGAUCAAAAACUCAGCUACGAGGUGAUUCCGGACUUCAAACCCCUUCAAAACCUGAAACUGCCGACAAAUAAACCUCAGGCUUAGGUCAAUCCAAAAAA